CAGGACACAAGUGGCUUAGAGGCCGAGGCAGAUUUUGCCUAUAUACUGUACUUCAUGUCACACUUCUAAGCUAGUUUAUUAGAAAACUGAGCUGGACUCAAAAGUAAGUGUGGGAUAGUAAUGAUGUCCACAUCCUACAUACUAAAAUAAUGCUUUUAUUAAUCACAACUGAUGCCUGGGGUUAUUUCAGUGUCCUUCAUAUUGACACCAAAGGCUCUAAUGAUAGGCCUGCUUCUUCAAAAUUAAUUACACCCCGAAAUCACAGGAGUCGUCAUGCCUUGUGAGGCGACAGUGAUAACCGCCCCUUUAUGUGUCCAUUAAAUUAAUUUUAUUUAACUACAAGUGAAAAAGCACAUUACCUUGUUUGUACUAGAAUACAUCAGGAUUUUGUUCAUGUGUUCGAAAGGUGCUAUAUCCAGAGGUGGAUACAUAAAAUAUAUUGAAAUCCUUUUUGUGAAAGUAUAACGAAUAACGAAGAACAUAUUUGAAACAUUGUUAAAUCUAGACCAAGAUUUUGUUUCAACCAAUCAGCUGAGUACUCUGUGACGGUGACUCUUUAUAUUCAACUGGUUGGAUGAAAUAAAAUCUUGGUCUGGAUUUUUGCUUUCUAGACCUGAACUAUCUACCUCUGGAUAUAUUACAUCUGUAUUAAAAUGUGAUUGUUCAAUAUUAGGUUGAUAGAACGUCUCUAAAUUUAUUAUCUGAGAAACACUGAACUAAUAUGUUGCAGUGGCACGUGCCUUACAAAAAACACAGAUAGAGCUAUUUAAUCUAUCACUGAAAAACCACUAUCAACGCGUUUAUAUGAAUUAACAGCUUACGUUAACAAUGUUUCAAAUAUGUUCUUCGUUAUUCGUUAUACUUUCACAAAAAGGAUUUCGAUAUAUUUUUAAGCCUAACAGUGUAAAUUUCUUAGCAAAUGUGAACAAGAAAUAGCAGGUAGAAAAGACUACAAUUAGGCCUAUAUUAGACAAUUUAAGGCAGAUCAUUAUAAAUGUCAUUGCUACUCAUAUCGCCAAUUUUGCAUUUAUCAGUCGUAUAUUUCACUUCUUCAGUUCCAUGUCCAUUGUUCCGCGAAUAUUCAUAUGUAGCCUACACAUCCCAGUAGCCUUUGGGGCCAGCCAUCUCGUCACGUGUUCGCCGAAUUCACGGAAGUCACGUGGGGUGGAUCAGCGCCAGUACUUGUUGUUGUUGUUAUCAGCAAAAUGGCGUCUGGUGGUGAGGCCCCGGAAUCAUGGUACCUUGCCCUGCUGGGCUUCGCAGAGCACUUCCGCACGUCGAGUCCCCCUAAGAUUCGCCUAUGCGUGCACUGUCUCCAGGCUGUCUUUCAGUUCAAGCCGCCGCAAAGGGUGGAGGCGCGAACCCACCUCCAGCUCGGCUCGGUGCUUUAUCACCACACGAAGAACAGUGAGCUCGCCCGGAACCAUCUGGAGAAAGCGUGGAUCAUUUCACAACAAGUUCCUCAGUUUGAAGAUGUCAAAUUUGAAGCUGCAAGCCUUCUCUCUGAACUCUAUUGCCAACAGAAUUUGGUGGACUCUGCAAAACCAUUGCUGCGCAAAGCAAUCCAGAUCUCCCAGCAGACCCCCUACUGGCACUGUCGACUGCUGUUCCAGCUCGCGCAACUCCACACGCUGGAGAAGGAUCUGGUGUCUGCGUGUGACCUUCUAGGUGUCGGGGCGGAGUAUGCGAGGGUGGUGGGCUCUGAGUACACCAGGGCGCUCUUUCUCUUGAGUAAAGGCAUGCUUCUGCUGAUGGAGCGCAAGCUGCAGGAAGUGCACCCCCUGCUGACGCUGUGCGGCCAGAUCGUGGAGAACUGGCAGGGAAACCCCAUCCAGAAGGAGUCGCUCAGGGUCUUCUUCCUGGUGCUGCAGGUGACCCACUACCUGGACGCCGGACAGGUGAAGAGCGUGAAGCCCUGCCUGAAGCAGCUGCAGCAGUGCAUCCAGACCAUCUCCACCCUCCAUGACGACGAGAUCCUCCCCAGCAACCCUGCUGACCUCUUCCACUGGCUGCCCAAGGAGCACAUGUGUGUGCUGGUCUACCUGGUGACGGUCAUGCACUCCAUGCAGGCCGGUUAUCUGGAGAAAGCGCAGAAAUACACAGACAAAGCGCUCAUGCAGUUGGAAAAGCUCAAAAUGCUGGACUGCAGCCCCAUCCUAUCCUCUUUUCAGGUCAUACUCCUGGAGCACAUCAUCAUGUGCCGGCUGGUCACCGGCCACAAGGCCACCGCUCUGCAGGAGAUCUCGCAGGUCUGCCAGCUGUGCCAGCAGUCGCCCCGGUUAUUCUCCAGUCACGCCGCUCAGCUUCACACUUUGCUGGGGCUGUACUGUAUAUCCGUCAACUGCAUGGACAAUGCGGAGGCACAGUUCACCACGGCGCUGCGGCUUACCACGCACCAGGAGCUGUGGACGUUCAUCGUGACGAACCUGGCCAGCGUCUACAUCAGGGAGGGGAACCGACACCAGGAGCUGUACAAUCUUCUGGAGAGGAUAAACCCAGAUCAAAGUUUUCCUGUAAGCUCGCACUGCCUGCGGGCCGCAGCUUUCUACAUCCGAGGACUUUUCUCCUUCUUCCAAGGACGUUACAACGAAGCCAAGCGCUUCCUGCGAGAGACGCUGAAGAUGUCCAACGCGGAAGAUCUCAAUAGGCUGACGGCCUGUUCCCUCGUCCUUCUGGGGCACAUAUUCUAUGUGCUGGGUAACCACAGGGAGAGCAACAAUAUGGUGGUUCCUGCCAUGCAGCUUGCCAGUAAGAUCCCUGACAUGUCUGUCCAGCUGUGGUCUUCAGCUCUGCUCAAAGAUCUGAACAAGGCUUGUGGGAACACGAUGGAUGCUCACGAAGCGGCGCAAAUGCACCAGAACUUCUCGCAGCAGCUGCUGCAGGACCACAUUGCCGCCUGCAGCCUACCAGAACACAACCUCAUCAGCUGGACUGACGGCCCGCCCCCGGUCCCGUUUCAAGCCCAGAAUGGGCCCACCACCACCAGCCUGGCCAGUCUGCUGUGAAGUCAACUGGGACGAUCACACUGUGAGAGGGUCUCCCAUGCCAGAGAACUCGCAAAACCCUUAAGGGCUCAGCGGUUUGAGUUUCAUCUUCAGUUCUUCCGACAUUAAUUUGUUUGGUUUAUUGUUGGAAUUAUUCGUGGGGGGGGGGGAUGUUCAGGUGGCCCAGAAGUGUGCUCUUAUAACGGUAAUAAAGUACGAGUGGGGAGAAGAUGAGCAGCACAGCAACCCUACCUCAAAUGGACAGCCCCCCCCCCCCCCCCCCCCCCCCCCACUGCGUGACAUGGUACGACCCGCUGGUGGGAAGCCACCUGCGGUACUGUGGCUGAUGGGGAUGGAGGAAACCAACAAAAACAUGGAAGGGAUGGAGCCGGGCUUGCCAAGUGUGAGAACAUUCCAGCUAGGAGCUCGCUCUCAAGUCUGGAUUGUGGUUGUUGACAAUAGACUUCUCGGACAGGAAAGUCAUCAGAACAACAUCCAUUUGCUGUCCUGACACUAGAUGAACCUUCUGGCAUUGCGCAUCAGACUUUUUAGGUGGGGAGGACAGCUUAACAUCACUGAAACAGGUUGAAUUUUACACCAUAUUAUACUUUUUUAAAUGUAUGUAGUUACUGUUGUGCUGCAUAUAUGAACCUGGCUGUACAUCACAGGUCAGUUUUACAAAUUAACAUUGCUGACAAAAGAAGAGAUGCAUACCCAUUAUAUAAUUAAUUUAUUUACAUUUAUAUUUUUGUAACUAUAGAAAAGGAAACAAUUUUAGAGUUUUGUUUACCUUGUGACCUGUUUUGCAUAUGCAUGCAAAAGAUUAAAGUUAUUGUGGUUUUCAUUUCCAAGGUUUUAAUAAGUAUUAGCACAACUUGUCAUAAGUAGGACAAAUACUUGGCUUAGCUGUCACUUUAUACAUAUUGAAACUCGUGUGAUUUAAAGCAAUCACAUGUGUAAAUAUAUAUGAAAAGCUGUAUGACAUUUUAGUUCAGGAAAAUUAAGUCUUGGGCAUAAUUUAGCUCAACGGUUUGACUUUGUACCAUGUGCAUUAGUAACACAUAGCAUAGAGAACAGAAACCUCCAUAACUGUUCAUGAAGCGCAGGUGCUUGGACCUGCCAGCAGCCGGCGCUGUUGAGUGGUGAUUGAGAAACUUGCUUGUUCCAUUGAAUGGUUUUGUAAUGUUCGAAGUGACUUUUUUUUUUUUUUUUUUAAACUAACGGUAGGAAUUUUGCCUCCUAUCAGAUCUGUAAUAAACUUUUCAAGACUUUACAUAUCUCCCUUUCCUCUCAUUGUACUUAUAUAUUUUUUUUUUUGUAAUUUUGCAAAAAUACAAAUAUUUUGAUCUGUACUGAACAAUGUUCGCUGUAUCGUGCAGCAUACAGAUUUUAAUUUCUUAAUAUUUUAUAAAUUUUUGGUAUUUGUAGUGGUCUAUCUUUUCUGCCCCCAAAAUAUUAAUGUUUGGUUUAUGAAAAGAACUUAUUUCUCAGUCAGUCAGCUUUGUUUGUUAUUAAAUAAGUACAUCAUUCAGUUUUGAUAAAUGUGAUGUAUCCUAAAGCUUAUGCAAAACACUAAAGGUAUAAUAUCACAAUUCUACUAGCCAGGCAAUUACUUAACACCAGGUUUUAAAUGUUUCAGUAUUGUUUUUGAAAGAGUUAAUGUUUUUGGAAAUAAAAUAUAAACAAACAGUU